AUGGCUGAAGGAGGUGUCUUCACAUCAAUCAGAGACGGUUCAGAUGCUGAUUUCGAAAUUGUGUGUGCGCCGUGUGGGGAAGAUAAUAUCAGAGAAGAAGCUGUAAAAUUUUGCGUAGAAUGCAAUCAAUAUCUUUGUACAGCGUGUGCUAGAUAUCAUAGAAGGAUAGCAGCUUUGAAAUCUCACAAGCUUCUGGAUACAGAUGACGUCAAAAACACAGCAGUAGCUGCCAUAGUAACGAAAUGUCGGUACCAUCCAGAUCGAGACAUUGAGAUGUACUGCGGAACACAUGACAUGGUCUAUUGUCUGAAGUGUAUAGCUACGGAGCAUAG